AUGGAGCAACAGGAAACGGCCGCCGACCUGCCGACAGGCUUUCUCAGCCUCCCCAGCGAGCUUCGGAACAAGAUUUACGAGCUUUCAUUGGUGAAAGGGGAGGAUACUUUCGCACUGAGUGAAAACAUCCGGCGAUACUUUUAUCACAAACGAGGCCUCGCAAGCGGUCUGCUCCUCGCCAGCAAGGCCAUCCACCGCGAAGCCAGCCCCAUUCUCUACGGUCAAAACCGCUUCGACUUUUGCGAGGUCUCGCCUCGAGAACUACGCACAUUCCUCAAUCAGAUUGGAAAGAACAAUGCGAGCUAUAUUCGACAUGUGACCAUCGACUUCCCAGGCUUCCGCUCUCUUUAUGGUGAGAUCAGCCUUGAGAGAGACAUCGCGGCCACCCUUGAGGCUAUCCGAGGCGCAUGCGACAAUAUCAUCACAAUCACGGCCUUCGCUGGAAACAACUACUAUAGGAUGUAUCCUCUAUCCGCCCUGGAUCGCCAAAACGCUGCUCCUGAAGUUAUUUCCCUGAUCAACACUCGCUUUCGGUCCAUGACGUCUCUCCAAGAGAUCAUCGUUGAGAUUGAUGAUGACUCUCCUAGUGAUGGCACCAGAAAGAUCAUGGAGAGCCACGGCUGGUUAUUGCGCAAAUGCGAGCCUUAUAAGGAGCGGUGGGAUGUCAUGACUGCCAUCAUCCAUGUGUUGGUUGCUUUGAGAGUGGUCAAGAUUGCUUGUGGUGAUCUCUGGAGAAGAGCAGCGGAAUGA